AAGUACGGCGGCACGGUGAUUGACUCGUUAGCAUGUCCGCUUCACAGUACAAAGUUCAUAAGUUCAAUUGCUGGCCUUUCUGUGGGGAGUUUGCAUGUUCUACUCGUGCCUGUAUGGGUUUUCUCCGGGUACUCCAGUUUCCUUCCACAUUCCAAAAAUAUGCACGUUGAGUUAAUGGAACACUCUAAAUUGGGCCUAGGUGUGAGUGUGAGCACGAAUGGUCGUAGUGUGCCCUGCAAUUCGCUGGCAACCAGUUCAGGGUGUCCCCUGCCUACUGCCCGUAGUUAGUUGGGAUUAGGCUCCAGCACGGCCGUGGCCCUCGUGAGGAUAAACAGAUUAGAAAAUGGAUGGAUGGAUGGAUGGACAUCAAGUUAAAGGCAGACUUCAAUUACCUAAAAGGACAAUCAAAUGACAGCAAAGCCACCAAAUAUGGAGGAGCUUCAUCCUUGAGAGCUCUGUCAGUGACAAAACGGUGAAAUAUUGUAUUGAAUCGUAAAAUGAAAGUGUGAAGAAAGUGAAUAUAUCCCACGGCACACUUGAUGAUCUCUCACGGUGUUGGGAAUCGGUGGUACAGAUUGAUGACAGGUUCUGUCACCGAAAAUUGCUCACGUGUAAAUACCCUUGUGUCUCAACGGGGGGCAAACCAUAACACAACUUCUUAGCAGAUGUGAUGACCUCCGUGCCAGGCUCCCACCGAUCCAAGCUGAUGACCAUCCAAAACUUUCCGGACAUCUCCAUUUCUGGAAACAGUCAAGAUCCCUUUGGAUGUUGCGGGCUUUUCCAUGUGUGCCCUCCCACGAAGCACCCAAAGAAAUGGGUCAAAGGUUCAUCAUGCCUAAUGGUAGAUGGACCAAAGAGAAUCCCCACAUGAUGACACAAACAUCCUGAACUAGGAAUUGGAAUCUUCCAAUCAUGUAGCCCAAAGGGGAAACGUAACCAUCCUUUCAUUCCUCUAUAGAUUUUUCUUGACUAUUAAUAUACUGUAUGUCUGCACAACAGCUAGUCUAUUGUGAGGGGCAAACCGCACAAAAUGAAUGGAUUUUUUUCUCCGCCGCUUUAAAUCAUUAUCUUUGUCUACAUUCUGUCUAUCUGUAUUUUGAGCCAACAUGUCUUGAUGGUAUUACAGUGUUCAGGCAUUCAUUUAAUGCAAUACAGUUCAACAGUAUUACUGCUCUUGUUUGGAUUUUAGGGUAUAAAUUGUCCCAUGUGGAAUCCCCUUUUGGCAGAAGGUCCUCCUCAAACACAUUGGGCGUCACAUUCCUCGCUAUUGGUCGUCAUGGUGACCACGGGACAGCUCCUCUAUAUAAGGUCCUCCCCUCCUCAGUCCUGAGGCACAACGACAAAGUGAGUACAACCUUCUGAAUUUCACGCAAGUUAGAGACAGAGAGAGGAGGGAAACGUCAACCCUCAAUCCUAGAAUUCAAGCGAGCUUCAGUCUAGACACUUUCUACACCGAAUAUUUUUUUUUCCCCCAGCACUGCAUGCUGGAACUAUGACUUCUUUGUGUGAUAGAGCUCUUUUCCUCAUAUGCUUGACUGCACAGGUGUUUACAUUAGCCCGGUCCCAAGUGUGUCCACAAAGAUGCCAGUGCCCGGAGGAGCCCCCGAUCUGUCUCCCCGGGGUGCCCCUUAUCCUGGACGACUGCGCCUGCUGCCUUGUGUGCGCUCGCCAGAAAGGUCAGGCUUGUUCCGAAACAAAUCCCUGUGACUCACGAAAAGGCCUGCAGUGCGACUUCACCUCGGGAGAAGACAAAAAGACGGGCGUAUGCGUUGCCCAUGAAGGAGACGUCUGUCUUCUGGAUGGUGUGGUCUACCAGAACGGCCAGACCUUCUUCCCCAGCUGCAAACACCAGUGCAUGUGUCGCGAGGGGCAGAUCGGCUGCAUACCGCUCUGCAAUGUUGACGUCAUGCUGCCGGGGCCCGACUGCCCUGUGCCACGCCGAGUCCACGUCCCUGGCGAGUGCUGCGAGAAAUGGGUGUGCGAUUCCCCGGCUGAAGCCAGUGCACUGGGAGGAUUUGCUAUGGCAGCUUUUCGUCAAGAGGAAACGGUGAGCUUUGACUCCUGGGACCCCAGAUUGAACUGCAUCGAGCAGACCACAGAGUGGGGAGCCUGCUCUCGCACGUGCGGCAUGGGGGUGUCCACCAGGGUCACAAACAAGAAUCGCCGUUGUGAGCUGGUGAAGCAGAGCCGGUGGUGCAUGAUCAGACCCUGUCAUGACCAGCAGGACCAGACAGCGCUCUCUCAGCCAAGGAGAAGCAGUAAAUGCCAAAGAAUGGUGAGAAGCGAUGCAGCCGUCCACCUCACCUACAAGAACUGCACCAGCGUCCAGGCCUACAAACCUCGCUACUGCGGCUCCUGCACAGACGGCCGUUGCUGCACCCCACACAGAACCAAGACCGCCCUGGUGGAGUUCGCGUGCGCCGGCGGUAAAACCAGCAAGAGGCCGGUCAUGGUGAUCCUCACCUGCGUCUGCCACAGAAACUGCCAGUGGGACAAUGCAGUGUGGCAGCCUUCGGAGCUGGGCUACAGUGGGAUGACGGUAUAGGUCUGACUUUUGUCAUUACAGGCAAUGACUGAA